AUGACUAAGUCAUUAGUCCCUGGUAGACCAAGGCGAACUCGUGGAACGCUGGUAAAUAGCAACAUGUGGUAUGAGAGAGCUUCAGAUAUCGAGACAGAUGAUAUCAAAAAAGCAAAGAAUCAGUUGGAAAAUUUUUACAAAAUUUUUUCCGAUUUUGAUGAUGCAAAAUUCGUUGGAUUCCAAAAAGAUGAAAUUGAAGAAUGCAGAAGCAGACUGAAUUUGAAAUGCUUUGACAACGUUAUAAGCAUAAACCAGGAAAAAGUAUCGUUUGGGCCGGUAUCGAGUACGCCUACAGUUAAAAAAGUUGCCAGGAAACUUCAAUCUCCACAAUUUACUGACGAUGAACUUCAGGACAACGAGAUCGACAAUAACGACAGCGACGACAAACCUGCUGAAAAGCGCACGAUUGGGCUGGUAUCGAAAACGCCUAACAACUUAAUCACAAAUGUUAAUUUUUCUACAGAUGAAAAUAAACGUGAUGGCGGAAAGAGGCAAAAGAAGAAAUCCGCUGGAAAAGUUAGUGAUGUUAACCAAGAUGACAAUGAACUUUAUCAACAAUUGGUAAAUAAUCUGGAUAAUAUGAUGCUGCAAAAUUUGGACUAUCUCAAAGACAUUUCAGAAGAACAACUCAGAGAUCCUCGACUUCUAAAAAUUAUUUUACAAAAUUUACAAAAAUGA